GUCAGGCAACAUUGCCUACUAGGUUAAGUUCCCUACUAGGUAAGGUUACAUCCCCUGCUAGGUUAGGUUAUGUUAGGUUGGUUUGGUUCUUUAAGGGGGGUUACAGCAGGCCCAACCCCACCCCUGGUCAGGCAACAUCCCCUACAAGUUUAAUUAGUUUUGUUAUAUGCUAACCUAUGUUUAAUUUGGUCUUUUGUAUUUAUUAAAACAACUAUAGGCCCUUUUACACAUUUACCACCCAGGACUUAAAUCCCACCCCCUCCUGGGCCCGUUAUAUAUGUAUUUGUAUUAUUUCAUAUUUUGAACCCAUCCCACAUUUACAUUUAGUUCCUUAACUACCAAUUUACUUUUAUUACCCUUAACAUUGCCAACUUAUCUUGUUAAGUGCUUGUUCAUUUACCUCAGCCCCACCCUGCCUCAACCAAUAGCAUCAAAGCAUUUUUACUACUCCACCCCACCUCUCCCACCCUGUUUUCUACGGUCUGGCCUCCUGCCACCUCCUAACUGUAGAACUCCAACACUGUUGAAUCUGCCGCCAUGACAUCCACUGCUGCAUCUACUUCACGCUCGCCCCAGCCCCUCACCAGAACUCUUUGCCAACUUCAUGUAACAAUUGUUACAUGAGUUACAAAGAUUUUUCUGCCUUUUACUCAGAUGUGAAGCUUGGCAAGAAGUGUGGCAACCAAUAUCAGUGUUCAGAUGAGUACCAUUCAAUACACAAGCGGAUGGAGUGCAGAGACGGCCUUUGUCAAUGUAUAGAAAAUCUUGAAAUUAAGUAUAACCGUAACUUGCAACCAAGCUGUGGAGGACUUAUGGAUAUUUAUAGCUGGAUCUCUAGCAACUGCCAAAAAGAAAAAUGUCCUGAAAAUGCAGAAUGUGUUAGCACUGAAAAACAUUAUCGUAGUGUGUGCCGAUGCAAGGAGGGAUUCAUUUCACUAGAUCAAAAAUGCAUAAAGGCCUCCUAUGCAAAUGUCCUGGAAAGGUGCUAUGUAAAGGGUUCAGAAGCCAUUACCUGCAAUAUCACUGAACACUCAGUGUGCUCAGAUGGAUUGUGUAUAUGUUUUGAGAAUUAUCAUCCUAACACUACAAGUGGGAAAUGUGAACCCUUGUCCAAUUAUCUACAGUCUCAAAACUUAACUGUGUAUGAAGGGAGGCCGGAGGAGUAUUGCCGAGGGGAUUCUUACUGCAUCUCGGGGUUGGUGUGUCGUAGUCACAAGUGCCAGUGUCCUUGGCCCUGCACUUACAAAAAGGAGCAAGAGAUUUGUGAUUGUGGAGCUAUUGAACGACCGUCACUAGUUGGUCCUAUAAUUGUGGGCAUUAUUAUAGGAAUAAUCAUAAUGGUGUUUUGGGCUUGCAUGGUCAAGAAGACUAUAAAGAAGUAUGCUAAGAAGAAAGCGGCGUCAUUUACAAACUUUGAAAGGAUUAGUAACAAUCAAGAAAACACUGAUUCGUAUGCUCUUAGCCCUGUAACUUCAAGGGCUGUGUCAAGCCCCGAACACCGCCCUCUGACUCCAAGCGCUUUGUCAAACACUGAACUCCGGCCUGUGACUCCUAGUGCUUUGUCAAAUACUGAAUUCCGCCCUGUGACCCCAAGUGCUUUUCCAAGCACUGAACCCCGCCCUGUGACUCCAAACACUUUUUCAAACACUACACCCCAUGUAGGACUUUCAGUUCCAUCGAAUGAAACUGGGGGACAAGCUCCUGUAUCAAAUGACACUCUGCCCUACAAGCCACCAGGAGUGGAUACGUUCAGUGGUCCUCCUCCCCCUCCACUGGCAUCGCUGUACGACAUCAAUCCACCUGUAGCUCCUUCAGCGCCUCCUUGUUAUUCAGAGACCCCACAUGCUACAGAUAUUCUUCCACCUUAUUCUCUUAACCCUGUACCAAGCGAUAGUGCUGCCACUUCUCUACCUUACCCAGCCAAUCCAGGAAACUUACCUUAUCCAGUCAGCUCCUCUGUUCCUUAUUCAUCCUCUGCUAGCCCAGGUGCUCCGUCUUAUCCUCUCAAUCCUUAUGGCACGUCUGCUCCUCCUCAUCCCACAGAUUCCUAGGGCAUCUCUGCUCCUCCUUAUCCUGUGAAUUCUUAUGGUUUUUCAGCAGAUGUGUCAAAGAAAGAGUAAAGGAAUCAGUGUGGAUUGUGUAUCCAUGAAGUUUCUUCAUUUGUAAUGGUAAGCAUGCCAGUUUGUUCUGAAAUUCAAACUUGGACAUGUUUCCUUAAUCAAUUGGAUGGAAUUAUUUUAAAUAGGAUGAGAAUAAUGUUUUAUUAAAUGGUAUAAUGGCUACAAAUGGUACCAUAAUGUCAUGACUAGAGUUGAUAUAUGUAUUACUCUAACAAGGGCUGUAUUUGUUAUUUUUGUGUAUCCUGUCAAAAGUAACUUUCUUUGAAGAUAUGGUUAAACUACAUUGUGAAUUAACUGUGUGUAGUAACCAUGAGUAUAGUACAGUAGUACCUCGAGAUACGAAAGGCUCUACUUACGAAAAACUCGAGAUACGAAAGCCAAUGCGAAAAAUUUUACUGCUCUACAUACGAAAAGUUUUCAAGAUACGAAAGGUUGUUGCUGUAAAGUCCCGAGAUUCGCCCGGACCACCGAGAACAAUUUUAAAACUCCCACGCCGCCAACUUAGUAAACUCGCCACCAUCCUCCCGCUCUCCCAUUGGUUCCUGAUGCUAGUCACCCCAUAAGGUCCUGCUCUCCUAUUGGUCAGCAUCUACCCCUUGUGCUUUAAGUAUUCUAUUGGUAAAAGGAUGCUGUAAAUUGAAAAACUUAUUCAUGCAAUACAUUUAAUUAAAAAAAAAACAUUAGGUAAAGAUAGAAUAAAGAAUAGAAAUGAAUGGUUAUUAUACUGUUUGGUAGUUUCAGUAGUUGAAGAGAGAUAAUGAAAAUUUAUGGCUUACUGUGUAAAGUGAUUGCUUGUUGAUCGUUCAAUACUCGUAAGUGCUGGAUGUAAACAGACGUUUGGAAGCUUUUUUUUGUUUGUUUAUUAUAGUUAAUGGAGUACAUGCAAUAGGUACAUUUAAUAAAAAAAUUGUGAAUUAGAUAUCAUAAAAUAUAAAAUAAAUCAGACUGCUAUCAUCGAAGCCAACAAAUACGUAUUUUUUAGAAUUCUUCUUCUGUUUUAAUAUUACGUUACAUAUGUUUCAUUAUAGCUGUCAGUAACUCGGUAUCUCCAUUAGGUAAAGAUAGAAUAAAGAAUAGAAAUGAAUGGUUAUUAUACUGUUUGGUAGUUUCAUUAGUUGAAGAGAGAUAAUAAUGACAAUUUAUGGCUUACUGUGUGCUAGGAAAAAUGAUUGCUUGGCGCUCGUUCGAUACUCGUAAGAAGGGUAAGAGCUGAAUGUAAACAAUCGAUUGGAAGGUUUGUUUUUUGUUUGUUUGUGUAUUAUAGUUAAUGAUUAAUUAAUAAUUAUUUGAAAUGAGUACAUAAUGAUUAUUUAUACAUUUUAUUGGCAUAUUCUAAGCUUUUAGCUCUUAGGUUUAGAUGUCAGAAUCAUAGACUAGGCUACAGUAGCAACCGCUAACAUAGGCUAGGCUUAUUGCUAAGGGACAUAUGCUAAAGUCCUGAUAUAUGCAGUAAAAAUGGGGUUGAACAUUACAUGCAGUUGAAUAUUACUCAAGUAUGUACAGUAUUUUGCCUUUUUGGAGUCAUAUUUCUUCCGUCGAAUUGGCAUUGUAACCCUAGAACGUGUUUUAGGCCUGGAAAUAUAAUUUACUGGGGUGUUUUUGGAGGGCUUGGAAUGGAUUAGCCAUUUUACAUGUAAAAUGUGUUCCAAGAUACGAAAAUCUCAUGAUACGAAGGCCGCCUCGGAACAGAUUCAUUUCGUAUCUCGAGGUACCACUGUACUUUGUUUCAUUUAUUUCUGCAUACUCUUUUUUUUCAUACUGUUAUGGAAAAGAGUAUGCAGUUACAAGGGAGAGAAUGAAUUAGCUUAUUUGACAAAACUUUCAAUGUGGACAGUCCUUUGACUGAUAUAUCAAGGAACUUAACUUGGGGUCACUCAAAAUUGUAAUAAUGUUGCUGAGACUUACAGUACUUUUUGUAAAACAUUCCAAAUUUUUAUGGUGAGCUAAAGAGUAUGUCUUAAUUUGUAGUGUUCCACAGAAAUGCAAUCUUAUUCACAGAGAUAUAAAGAAAAGUUAAUGUAGCAGAGAAUCCAGGUGCUUUAAAUACUUGAUCAAAGAUUAAGUAAUUAAAUCAUUAUCACAUAUAUAGUCUGCAUUCAGUAAAUUAUCAUAACUGUAAAACACAUUAAAGAAGUCAUCUGAGAAUUAAUUGUUUGAAAGAAAGUAUUUUCAGGGAUUUGUUCUUCCCUAAUUAUUGGUACCAACGAUUUCCAGAAAUGGGCCGUGAAGGGCAUGCAGUAAACACUAGAGGGAUAUCGGUUAUGUUUGAGAUUUACAUCACCAUAAAGAAUUUUGGAUAAAGUUCUGAUUGCUGUAAAGAAGCUUAUGUUAGGUGCAUGAUCUACAAUGUGAACAUUAUAAGAGAUUUAUUUCUGUGCAGAAAUUGUCAGUACGCUGUACUGUCUGCAUGGUAAUUUCCUUUAGUUUAACAUAAUGGUCGAGAAAUUAUUUGAGAUAUUCCCCACAGUACACUGUGCUUUUAUGAAGUUUUCUGUGAUCCAUGUUUGAGGUGCUGUUUGUACAGUAUUGCAAAUGAAUAUUCAAUUUCUCUGUGUAAUGAAUAAUUUGCAAGUAGUAUGGUUGUACAUGAUAAUUAUAUGUAUAGAUAUCUUUUUAUUACAUUGAAAGUUAUUGGUGGUAUUACGUAUAGUCAAUUUUUGGGGGUAAUUUGAUGAAAAAUGGCAGGUAAAGUACUACUAUGGGGUUGUUUACUAUUUUAAAUAAAUAUAUAUUACAUUUACCUAUUGUUCAUGUUUACUGGCCUGUUCCAGGGCCAAAAGUUUAGCAUUUUAUUUAGAUCUUAGACAUUGUAAUUGUUUCUUGUAUUCAGAAUUUAAAGAUACUAUUUUAAUUAUAAUUGUUAAUCUCGCUUUUAAGUGCCUCGUUGGCCUAUUUUAAUUAUAAUUGUUAUUCUCGCUUUAAAGUUCCUCGUUGGCCAAGUGGAUUUCGCACUCGGCUACCAAACCGGUGGUCCGAAGUUCGAUUCUCGGCUCGGUCAACGUGGAACCAGAUGAAUUUAUUUCUGGUGAUACAAAUUCAUUUCUCGAUAUAAUGUGGUUCGGAUCCCACAAUAAGCUGUAGGUCCCGUUGCUAGGUAACCAAUUGGUUCCUAGCUACGUAAAAAUAUCUAAUCCUUCGGGCCCUCCCUAGGAGAGCUGUUAAUCAGCUCAGUGGUCUGGUAAAACUAAGAUAUACUUAAUUUAAUUCUCUCUUUAAUUGUUAUAAGAUUUUUAUGAAACUUGUUAGGGUACCUUUUAAGUAUGUAUUUUGAUAAUUUCCCGUGUUUAUAGCUUGACAUACUUUACGUUAGCUUUCAAGAAAACUUAGCUCUCACAGCGUUGGUCAAAAUCACAGGUGAAAGGAAAAAAAAUAUGUUUUUCUCUGAUUUUGAGCCACAGAUAUAAAGUUUAGCUCCCAAAAGGGUGGUCAAAUCACAGUUAAAAUUAAAGACAAAAGUUUUUUCCCCAGAUUUUUAUGAAUCUUACCUGGUAGGUAUUUUAGGUGGUUGAUUAUUAAUUUCAAGGCCUCAUGGUAAUUAAAAGGCAGAGGUUUAACCUGUGUUCCCCUUCUGAAGCCUCAAAGUGUUAAUAAUAAGUCAGCUUUGUAACGUAUUAAAAUGGAAUGCAGUGAAAUGUAGUGAAGGGUCAUAGAUUACAGUACUACUACAGUAUUACCCAUGGUUUUGGGCUCUCAGUGAACAUUUCAGCGGACAUUCUAUUGAAGAUUCCUGACUGAAAAUCUUGUGCUACAUUGGUCUUAAAGGAAAAGAAGUGAUACUUCAUAGGUAUGUCCAGAUUGUAUUUCGUUUAUGAAAACCCAAUGUUGUUGUUAAAGGGUACAGCAUAGUGUGCCUUGCUAAGUUCAGUGUAAGAAGUGCUGAAUGGUCUUUGCAGUAUCCCUCUGCUCUUGGCCUCGUGAAUAUGUCCAAUUUUUUCAACUUUUUCUUCGCUCCAUUUUUUGUGCCUUGUCUAAAGAUGAGUCCAUGGGAACAGUUGAGCAAAAAUCUAGAAAUUUGGCUCUGUAUUCUUUGUAGACUGUCGUAUAAUGGUAAUUAUUUAGUGUCAGUUAUUUGUACAUAAUACUCAAUGCUUCCUCAGGACACAUGAUAUUCAUGGGAAUGGUUGAGUUCCUUAAAACUAUUUCAUGUUUCAUAAGAAUUCAAUGAUGCUUCAUUCAUCCGUAAAAGAAAAAUCAACUGUCCGUGUCAUAACACCUCUUAGGAACAAUUUUUAGGGAAAUAAUUUUCUGACAUGAGACCUAGAAUUUAAAAUUCUGGAUGGUAAUGUUGUAAGCAUUUUUUCAUACUUUUCUUCAUGAAGCUACAGUUUAUAUUGGGACCAGCAGACUGUGCAAGGUCCAGUUAAACUCUUCCAAAUUUUAUUCCAAAUGUAACACUGCCCCAAUAAGUAUUCUUCUGGAAUCCAAAUUUCCAGUUCCAUUCUUACAUUGUUUCCUUCUGAAAUAAGGAAACCUGAUAAAAGACAGUAUGUAUAUUUUGUCAUGAUAGUUUUGGAGAGUAUAUAGGGAAAUACUGAUUAGGUUGAUUUUGUACUUUUUAUUAAUUGUUCUUUCAUGAAAAGGCCAUGAAAGUACUUCAGGCCAUCGUUUGUCUUAAACAUAUGUGCACAAAUUAAGGCUGCCAGUCAGUUGAUGCCUUAGGAAUCUCUUGCCUGUUUUGCUUGCAUUUUAUAGAUAUUUUAUAUACUAGCCACUUUUAAAAUAUAGUCAUGGUAAGUUAUUAAUUUUUAAAAAUAAUUAUAAAGCAGAUAAUGUGCUUUUACACUUUUAAAGUAUUGCAUUUUGUAAAGUCAUUAGAAGUUCAUGGCCACAUAUAAGAUGUUUAUAAGCUUGCUGAUCCAUGUGCUUACAGUUACUAUAGUAGUUACUAUGUUUGUGCCUUCAACCAUUACUAAAUGCAUUUGGAUGUUAGAAAAAAGAUUCUCUUAUUUGGUGCAAUAUUAUACACUAUAACGUGUAAUAUAUUUUGUAAGUGUGGCAUUUCUCCAGUAUAAGCUUUGAUGCAAACUUUUACACUAAUUUUUAGAGUUGCAGAAUUCAGGUGUAAGAAACUUUCACCAUAGUGUAUUUUAGAAAGUUUCCCUUAUAUCUCAGUGUACCUCAGAUAAAUUUUAUUUUAUUUGGUUUCCGUAGUUACUACUAUACUGUACAUUAAGAUUUAAGAUACAAAUUACUUAAAGUGCAAAAUAGUAGAGUAUAAGCAGUUGAAUGUUUCUAAUGUAAUCCUGGUUGUACACUUUUAAAUAUUUCUCCAAGCAAAUUUUUAGUCAUUAUUGCUAUAUUGAAUCUCAAACUUCGCUUAUGUAUAAAGACAAAAGCCAGUACCGCAUUGAUAUUAUGAGACAUAACUGCCUUUGUGUAAGUGACUUUAUUCCUUGACCAGCCAUUAGAAUCUUCACAAGAAAACAGUUUUGUUAGAAUAAUUAUGAUGCUGUUGUUCCCCAUAUAUUUGCUAGGUUUUUGUUCCAAGCCCCUUUUGUGCAAGGUAACAAAAGCUUUAUAAACUAUACAGUACAUGUUUUCUUUUUAGUACAGCUAUAUGAUACAAUUCUUGUUUAGAUUUUAAACUUUGCUUGAAACAAGCAUUAAAAAAUACUUCACUUUACUCUAUAACUUCACAUACGAAUUCUAGAAAUUUUUAGAAUGUGAUGUUUAAUAUUCUCUUUCUUGCAUAAAUUAAUUUUUGCACAUUGAAUUCACAUGUAACCAGGGACUUCAGUACUGCAGUACAGUACAUGUUCAAGCGUUCUGCCUUAAAUAAGUGUACAGUAGUAUAUGAUUGUUCUAAAUCAUUUUCACCUUUUCCUAUUAGCUCACAGUCAUUAAAGAACAGGAUUACAGUGUAACUAGUCUAUUUCUUAAUGGCUUCAGUAUUUGAAUAUUGCAAAGUGUGGUACAAGAUAAAUCAUAUGGGUAAAUCAUUUGUAGUUAAUCAAGGUAUCAUUAUUUUUGAAUGUUGUUUUCAAACUUGUAUAAUCAUCUGUAAUGGAAACAAAACAGUUUUUAGAUACAAUAUAUAGAUGCAUAGUCCAGUAUUUUUCCACAAGGCUUUUUAGAUUUUUAUAUAAAUUCACAGAUCAUUACCUUGAUCUUCAUUUUAUUUUUAUACGAAGCACUUCUGGUCUGGCUAGUACAGUUGGUAGUGUGUUGGCCUCGUAAUCUCCGGGCCAGCGUUUGCUUUCUAUCGAGGGCAAAGUGAUACUGUCUAUUGUAUGGUUACUGCCAUGAAUAACGUCAUGGUAGCGGGUUGGGGUUAUCCGGCUGACGUCCAACCAAGAGGCAAUACCCUGUGGCAAGACUAACUUUAUAACACCUUUUUUUUUUUUUUUAUGUAUGACUUGAGUGACUGGUUCAGUAUUGUUGGUCAGAAAAUAUUCUAUCCUUGGAGCUAUAUUGUGUUUUAUUAACAGUCACUGGCAUAGUAUUUCUUUCACAUGCUAUAUGUGUGAGUUACAGUCACAAAAACUUGGUGUAAAAUAGGUAACUAACCUUUCGGAAACAAAGGUGUACGAAUAUACCCAUGGUUGUAAGUACCUCACCGAUUGCAACACACUUUAAGAUGACUCUCUACUGUUUUCAGGUUCUUGCCCUCUACAAAGGGUUGUCCAGUUUUUUAUUAGAAUGUUUGCGCUGAUUUUUUGCUGCUUCCAUUCUGUAUGUUACUUAUCCCUCAGGAAUUGAAUUAGUUAAAUAGUUGGUCACUUUUUCAGGUAAUGCAUUAAGUAAAUUCUAAUGUAAUAUGUUUAUUUAGUGCAGUAAAGAUCAGUAUUAUUUUGUUCAUGUUAGACUUUGGAAGUUUUGAGGUUACCUGUAUUAAAAACUUAUAUGUAU